AUGGCACUCAUGAACCGCGAAACCGUAUCUCGCUUCACUGCAAUUAAACAGGUCGAGGCGACCAUCGAUCGCAUCUUAACUGAGUAUCCUCGCGACGUCACUUCGACGUUGUCCCCUUCGGAGGUCCAUUUCUUCGGGCAGUCCGUUGACUUGCGCCGCCUGCUGGUUAUGAAAGAGCUGUAUCGCCUCAGCGAGGACGUCGAUCGCGUCUACACCGAGCACAACGAACAGAAUCGUGCCGCCCGCAAUGACAACCCCUCGUCACUACAUCUUGAAGCCUACGAGAGGUCCUUCAAAGAGAUCAACGAAAUGGCUGGCCGCCCGUUUGGCCGUGGCCAGGUCCGUCGCUUCCUCGACUUGGGCUUCGCCCCGGGUGGCGUUACGACCUGGCUAUUGCGCAGCAAUGGAAGCGCGCUUGGAACGGGGAUCAGUUUGUCCCUGGAAGCCUCAGGCAUCCAGUCACAAGUUGACCUCCAGUUCCUUGCGCGGUUCCAACAACGCUACGAGGACAUACGCGACAUCGCAGACGGACGAGCGACCAUUGACAGCGGCGCCUUCGACCUCGUGAUCGCGAAUGCCGCCGUCGUGCUUCCCGAAGACAAUGUGUCGUGGAACCAUCGGGUCCACUUGGUAUACGCACAGUUGCUGGUCGCCUUCCAGAACAUCGCUCCCGGUGGCUCCCUGACCAUCAGCCUCCAGACCCGGCCCUUCGACUGGGUUGUUGACGUUCUCACAACCCUCCGGCAGUCAUUUGCAUCCAUCAUUGCAGUCAAGCCUAAGCUACAUGCAAAGAGAUCAGUUACUCACGUUGUAUGCCAAGGCUACAUGGCCAGUAGCGACGCGGAGUGUUCCUAUGUCGAGCGCAUUCGCGCAGGGAUCGGAUACUUGAAACAAGCCAGUGGGGCUGUCGAUGCGCCACUCGGCGGGACGGCAAAUUUGCCCCGAAUCUCUGCUCCUCCGAAUCAAGUCAACCUGGAAGCUCAGGUUCAGUUCGUCGCGGAGCUCCUCACGCCCGUAUGGAAGCGCCAAUACACUGCUAUCCACGAGCACUACCAGGAGGUGCUGCGGGAUACCCAUGAACGUGGUCCUACCGUUCCAGCGAGUAAUGCAGAUGCAGUUGGGUCUUGGCGGCGCCAGCAGACGGCUGUCGUGCAGCCCGGCGGCUCCGGUUCCUCCAACUGGCGGAACCGCGCUACCGAGCAGCACGGCAGCGGCCAGAGGGGCCGUGAACAUAGGACUACCGGGUCCGGUGACCGCUCCGGUCGUAGUGGAGGCAUGACCACUGACCUUUCCUGGAGGAGGGGCCAGCAUUAA